AUGAGAGCCGCCGUCUAUAAUAAUGCGAGCGCAAACUUCUCCUGCCGCAGAAAUUUUGCGCCCACUAUCCUGAAUAGUUAUAAUAAUAAAAAAAAUUCUACAAGCUCUCUAUUUUACAAGCGCAAGACAUUAUCUCCUAAUGCGAGCCAAAAAGAUAGUAUGCGCACAGUUGAAAACAUUCAUGGAUGCAGGAUUAAUCAGUUAGAUCCCUCCAAUUUUCGUCUCGAGUUCUUAGCGAGCUUUGAAGGUUCUUCUCACAGGUACCUUCUAAGAAUGUUGCAGAAGAUAUUCGUAGGAAAUUUAGCAGAGAAUGGUGGGCACUUUGCCGGGAAGAGCCCUUUGCACUAUGCGUGUGGUAUUGGUAAUUUAACGAACGUGGAAAGCCUGCUAGCAAAUGAAGCGGAAGUUGAUGCGCAUGUAAUUUUUAAAACUUAUUAUACUAUUCAUAGUCAAUUCAGUCUAAAACAGGAUUGUGAAGGCUAUACUUCCCUCCAUAUUGCUGCGGGAUAUUUGAAUACUGAAACUGUUGAAAUACUUCUCAGAGCAGGGGCAGAUCCAGAGGUUGAAGAUGAUUCAGGGCGAUCUGCUCUCAACUUAGUUGAAACACUGAAAGCGGCCACCCCAGCUUCAACAACUACUUACACAAAGCGCUCAAGGCUGGAAACGCUCUCCACCCUGCUACGAAAUUAUACAUUUGAAGAGGUAGUGCCUUCUAACAUAAUCGACUCUAGAAUUUCGGAUAACGGAGGAGUUGAAUAUCUUGUUGAAUGGAUGGAUGGAUACCAAGAAAGUUGGGUCAGUGAACUUGAUAUUUCAGAUGAUCUUAUUAGAGACUACAAUGACGGCUUCGAAUUUGCAAACUGUAAGAAAAUAUUUUGCUCGGGCAAACGAAAUGAACUCUUAGUUCAGGUAAGUCUAUGGUACUAUGCUUCUCUAAACAAAUUAUAA